CUCCUGAGCACCACAGACACGCCGGUUCAAAGAGACGAUCCCGUCAAGCACUAUGAGUAGCGACAAUCACACAGAGGGUAUCAAAGUCUUGGUGACGGGCUUUGGUCCAUUCCCCCGUUCAGACGGCACGACAUAUACCAAAAACUCAUCCCAUGAAAUCACAAAACUGCUUCCUCAAGCCCUCCCCCCCUUCUCCCCCUUCAACCCAACCUCUGCAAACAUAUCCAUCCUAAACCCCACAGCUACAGAGGGCUCAGCUGUAAAAGUCGAAUACGCACAUAUAAGAAACUACACCUCUGCCUUGCACUCCACACACGGAAAUGAUGUAAAUCUUAUCCUCCACAUCGGCAUGGCGGAUGGCUGGGAUUUCAUCUCUUGUGAAAGAAGAGCUUAUAAACAGACUUUUACCUCGUCGUGGGGGAGUAGAGUGUUGGGUUUAUUGGGGAGAUAUUACAUGAUCAAGGAUUUUGCGGGUAAGACGGUCAAGGAUGCUGGACCUUGUCCUUGGGAUGAUGAUGUUCCCAUGGGAUUGUGUACGGGACUCGAUGUUGAUCAAGUUGUCGAGGGAGCGGGCAAGACGUUGAAGGGAAUGUUUGGGAGAGAUGUUAGAGGUCAUGAGGAUGGAGGGACUUAUUGUUGUGGGUUUAUUUACUAUGAGAGUUUGGCCAACAAGUUCACGAAAGGUUCGACUGCAGAAGUGCUGUUCUGUCAUGUUCCGGGUGAUCUAGAUCAGUUCAGUCUCAGGGCUGGUGCAAAUUCCAUUUGUGCCAUUAUUGGGGCUGCUGCUUCUCAACUUCUGGAAGAGCGUAAACAUGGGGCUUCUCUACGACCUGUUGCUGCAAAGUCACAGGAAGAGAGUGUCGUCGCUGAGACGGCCACCAGUACUGUGUCUGCCCAGCAAAGACAGAGAGCCAUGGAAAUGAUGGCAUCGGGAUAUGGAGGUGAACAAGCUCUGCAAGCCACAAAGUUCAACGCCUGAGAGGAAAUACAGACAGUCCUUCAAUAAAGACAUUGGCAGAGAUGUUCGUGACUGGUAUAUAUAUAUGUACAUAAAGUUUGACGUCUUCUAUUCUACUCUCCUCUGUAACUUUGGAGCUCUAAUCUUACUCUUCAUCCAAUCAGGCACAAAAGCCUUGACACCUAACGCCUUUGCAUCUUGCUCACUCUUGACAAUAAACCUAUCCUCUGCGCUAAAAGUGCUAGGCUCACC